AUGGCAGAGAUAACACCAGCAGUGGUAGAGUCGGCCAGACACCGUGGGGUGUCCCUGGCUGAGCAGAUUAUGACCACCCUUAGAGAGGAGACGCCGGAGAAUGAGAGAAAUCAUAGGAAAACUAUAGUCAACUCGGUGAAGAUGCUGGAUGCUGCCCGAACCUGGACUGAUGACGUGCUGCGCUCAGUAGCAGAUGAUAUGGUUCGGUCGGAGCCUAUAGGACCUCAGAACUACCAAGGGGAACCGGUGUACAUAGAUUUCGUCCACAACACAUAUAUUGACGAAUUCGCCAACGCUUGCCGGUACGUCGUGGAUAGAGUUUUGGACGGCCUCGACAGCUCAUGUCUGUUUGUGGAGUGUGGGGGUAUGGAAAAAGUUGCCGAGGCGGCGGUCAGUGAUAAACUACCUCCAUGUUGGGGACAUAUGACUUAUGGUCACCCGAAUUUGCGCUACCAGAUACUAACGUUGGUGAAGCAAGUGGCUCAUUUUAAUCACCAGCAUCACGCUCGGCACACGCAGUUCUAUAGUGAGGACCCCUCUAACGAUUCGGAGCUGCUCUCGGUUAGAGGAUAUAAGCUGUAUUGA